GUUGCCGCUUGAUGAAGUAAAUGGAGGCAUUCUCGUGUGUUUUCAAUCUUCAGAUGGCUCUAUGAUCCAGUCCCCACCAUCCGAUCAGCAUCGUUGACUUGAGUGGUGGCGUAACCUUUUUCUUCCUCUUCACGUCACCAGCGAUUCCAGUCUGGCGCUUCUGCAUGAGGUCUACCGAGGGUUCCAGCCUUGAGAUCCGGCAAUCUAUGCUUGGUUACAGAUGUGCCGGCAUCGCCUGUUAUACUAGUCCAGAUCUUCGUAGAUCAUGUGAUUUUAUUGCUCUAUACAUCCAACAGCACAUUGCAGCAGGCAAGAGUUAAGUUUUGCUCUGUGCACACUUGCAAUUAGUGUUGUUAUUCCUUAUCGGUUUCUGCAUUGCAUCGGCGUGCCUCAACCCAUAUAGCGGAAUUUAGGUCAAGGCAGAUUCUGAUGAGCACGCCGGCGUUGACAAUUGACAUCUCCGCACCAAAGAGAUGAAAUGAAAGGCGCCGGCCGCUGUCGUCGUUUCUUCCUUCUUUUCUUUCUCUUUCACCAUUGACGAUCAACCUCACCAAUGGCAACGACGACGCAGUCAAUCCCAUGCCUUUCAUAUCUUUUAAUUCUUCUUCUUGCUGUGCUGCAACAUUCUCCUCCAUUGGUGUACGCGAGCAAUCAAAAUGUUUUGAGCGUUGAAGAUAAGCUGAGAGAGAACUUCUACAUCUACAGUUCGUGCUUCACAAGCGAUGGAUUUUCCGCCACCUACGGGCAAAACUUGGAGCAGCUAUUUCGCUCCCUGGUCGACUCCGUUCCCUCCAGUGGCUUCGAUAACACCUCCAUCGGUGAUGCCCCCAACACAGCCUAUGGGCUUGUGCUCUGCCGCGGCGACGCCCCUGCCGAUAUAUGCCGGAACUGCACAGCUAUCGCCGCCGAGACGGUGAAGGCCAAAUGCCCAAAUAGCAGGUCCGCCAUGAUAUGGCACUCGUCCUGCUUACUUCGUUACUCCGAUACGCGAUUCUUCGGAACCAUUGGUGGGAGCGAGAAGGUGGGGUUAUCAUACCCCAAGAACACGACCUCUGCCGAUCGACAGGCCGGCCGAGACUUUGUGGACGCAUUAGCGAGAGACGCCGCCAGUAACCCAAAGAUGUACGCUACAAGGAUACAGCCGCAGGGCAACUAUACCAGCUACGGAAUGGCGCAGUGCACCAGAGACCUUACCCCGGUGGAUUGCAUGGUGUGCCUCCAGAAUGCUGCCAAAGAAAUUGAGCAGAAUCAGUCAUUAGGCCAAGAGUUUCGGUUUCUUUCCAUGAGCUGCCUCAUCGGCUAUGACACGAGGAUUUUCUUUCUAACCUCGCCGGAGCCGGCCUGGUCAUCGCCACCACCGCUGCUGGCUCCGUCAUCGCCAUCAGCAGGACAUAAAAGUGACAACCAGAGGAAAACCGCUAUUGCAAUUGGCUCUGCAGUGGGGAUAUUGUUACUGCUAGCAAUAGGGAUUAUCGUGAUUCUUUUCCGCAGCAAAAAGAGGGAAAAACUUAAUGAGGAGUUAAGAAGAUAUAGGAGUGAGAUGGCUUCAUUGGGUAGUCUCACUGAGGAUGGAAGAAACUAUGAGCUACCUCAGUACAGCCUAAAAGCAGUGCAGGAAGCCACCAACAAUUUCUCGGUGGAGAAUAAGCUCGGAAGAGGAGGAUUUGGCCCCGUUUAUAAGGGUCAACUCAAUGGUCGGCUUGUUGCAGUCAAGAGACUUUCCGAAAGUUCUGGACAAGGCUUGAAGGAGUUUAUGAAUGAAGUUAUAUUGAUAGCUAAGCUUCAACACAAGAACUUGGUCCGUUUGUUGGGUUGCUGUGCUGAGCGGGGAGAAAAGAUGCUUAUCUAUGAAUUCAUGCCUAAUGGCAGCCUUGACACAUUUUUUUAUGACCCACAGAAGCGUAAAUCACUGGACUGGGUGAAGCGAUUCAAUAUAAUCGUGGGAAGUGCAAGGGGGAUUCUGUACCUUCAUCAGGAUUCCCGGCUCAACAUCAUUCAUCGGGAUCUUAAAGCAGGCAAUGUUUUAUUGGAUGAGCAGAUGACAGCAAAGAUUUCUGACUUUGGAAUGGCCAGAAUCUUUAGUGGAGAUAACGACCCAAAAGCCACCAAUAUCAUUGUUGGAACUCAUGGAUACAUGGCACCGGAGUAUGCCAUAGAUGGGCAAUUCUCCAUCAAAUCUGAUGUCUAUAGCUUUGGCGUACUGCUCUUAGAAAUUGUCAGUGGUCUGACAUAUAGUGGAUUUCACCUCUCUCAAAUGGGUUGUAGCCUGAUUGGAUAUGAGGACCCUACAAGCAGACCUACGAUGUCGGCCACUGUAAACAUGCUUGAAAGUGAUUCGCCAAUUCUUCCAACUCCACAACAACCUCCCCUGGUUUUUAGCAAUUCAGGCAAUUCAGUGACCAGCAAAAAUGAUUCCUCGAGCAGUGGCAGCACAAAUUUUGAAAGUUUAUCGAGGUUGAAGCACUCCUUUAGAUGAGCAUGGCAUAGCAUGUUUAUUUGCAUGAACAGAUCUAAUGAUAUGCUAAAUGACAUUGCCAAUAUGAUCUAAUUUCUUCGGUAUUUGUCAUCCAACUUCGUUCCAAUUUUAUCGGACGUCAAGGAAGAAGAACUACGAAGAACAUUCAGCACUAUCAACUAUGUAGAACAACUGUCAUGAUUGGGAAGACUUAUAAUUAAGAUAUCUGCUUAUGCAUUUGGCCCAACAACUUGCUUUGGGAAGAUUAGGAUUGCAUGGUUAUGUGA